CCCAUUAAACGAACCCGCGAUCAAAUGUAGGUGAGAGGAUCCCCCAUCCCCAAUAAAUGCCCCGUCGUUUUCUCUCCUGUCAUCCAUCCCCAGGUCGAACCUCCAUCGCGGCAAAUAUCGGAGAUCGAGCGGAUAAGGGCGAGGCGAGCGAGAUGGAGGCGUACAAGGGGGGGUUGAAGGGGUACUGGAAGCGGAGGGCGUACCAGAGGCUGGACGGCAGCGGCGGAGGAACGAGGCGGCGGAGACGGGCGGAGCUCGGCGGCGGGAGGAAGCGGCGGUUCUGGCGGAUCCGCAUCGCUCCGCCGAGGCUGAGGUUCCUCGCGCGGGUGGCGUCGCCAAAGCGGUUCCUCGCGCGGAUCCGCGACGCCUACGUGCGGAUGAUGCUGUCGUUCGCCUCCUCCGGGGCGAUCGCCGCCGGGUACACCGAGUACGGCGGCGACGCGGCUGCCGGGUUCCGGCGGCCGCAGCUUAAGGAGUACGACGAGAAGAUGAUCGUCGAGAUCUACAAGUCGCUGGUCGCGCAGGGAUCGCUGAUCUCUGCCGCCGCCGCCGCCGCCGCCGCCGGAGGGGACCCCCAGAUCGCAGUUCGGCGGUAGGUAGAGGUUCUUCCGUUACAUUUCAAUUCCUCUCAACAAGAGUAAGCUUUUUUUUUUUUUUUGACUGUCUUUGUCGUAACCUUUUCAUUUACCAUGUCGCCGACGAUUUAUAAAUUAUAACGUGUGUGUUUGGUCGACGGAAGUGAUCGAA